AUGACGGCGUCAAUGUUAUUACGAACUGUAUCGCGAGAAUUGCGCGUGUUUGGAACGUUCGACGCAGAGAAGAACGCGAUCGACGACGUACGACGAUAUCGUAUUAUUAUUAUCACUCGAGUGGUAAAAACGAAACUGUCGCGUUGCGGGCGGGCGAUCCACUCGGUGAUGCGAUUAUACGAAUUCCGGAUGAGCCGCUGCUUGUCCGAAAAGCGACAACAACUACAGCAGCUGUGGUCAACACACGGCACAAAUACAACCACAACUUACGACUGCACUCCCGUCCGCGAUAAACAGCUGCUGUCGUGA